UGUUGCGAAAAGUUUGAACAAGUGAUGAAAUAAAUUAAAAAAUGAAUGAAAAUAAUUCAGAAAAAGAAUUAAUUGAAUUGGAACAUCAUAAACAACAGGAACUUUGUACAACCAGACAAUUAUACAGACAGGGAAAAAAAUUAACUGCAGUAAAAGUUUACACCAUAAAUAAUGAAUCAAAACACCUUUUAAUAUUUGGCGUGCCAAAAAUAAAUUUAAGGCAAGAAUUGAAACAGCUGUGUUCUAAAUAUGGAUCCGUUAAAAUGCUAUUCGUGGAAAAUAAAUACAAAACAGAGAUUUUCACCGAAUGUUACCAUGUUCUAUAUGAAAAAAUACAAUCAGCACGAUUUGCGAAAAGAUUAAUCGAUACUAAAUCAUUUUAUGGUGGGGUAUUACAUGUUUGUUACGCACCAGAAUAUGAAACUAUAGAAGAAACUCGAGAAAAAUUAGAACAAAGGCGAAAAGAUGUAGCAUUUAGAUUAAAAAAGAAUGCAGAAACAUAUUCGGAAAAUAAUUUAACUGAUAAUGCUGAAGAUGCAGUUCCCAACAAUACAAUUAGUUAUAAAGACCCGAAAUUAAAAACAUGGACAAAUCAGAAAAACGAUAAAAGAAAAUCGUUUCCCAAACAAGAAAGUCGGAAAAGGAAACACCCUGCUAUUAUUUUAAGUGAAGAUAGACUGAAAAAUUUAAAUAAAAAUGUAAUAUGGAAAGAUAUUCCACGUGAGAUUGAUCCACGAAUUAAUUCUGAGUUUUGUAAAAAAAUUAAAACAGACAUAAAAAAACAUUAUACGAUCCAAACGGAUAAAAUCAUUAAACUAAAUUUACCAUCGUAUGGGCCAGAACUACCUCAAAAAAUUCCUAGCGUUUCCAAUGAAAUUAUUGGUAACUCGAAUUAUGCUACCGCGACGAGUUCAAAAAAUGUAUUAAAAAAACAAAUUUGUCAAAAUGUGAAAAGAAUAGUAUUUAUGAAUAAUAAAAAUAUUCAAAAAAGUUAA